AAAUUAUCAAUGAAUUGUUGUCUUAUCAGAAAUAAGAUAUUAUUGAAAGUAAUGAAUGUAAUCAUGGUUUAACAAAUAUGAAAUUAUAGGUAGAAUAUCUAUUGAAGUUAAGGAAUUGUAUAUAAUUAUUUAUCAUCCACUAUUCAACUUUUCUUCAAAUUAGAAGACUAGUAAUCAACAUAAUGCCUGCUUACCAUUCAAGUGUAAAAGAUUAUCAACAUUUAACUGGGAAUAUGGCUAUUGUACCCAUAAAAUCCCAGUAUAAAGGUCCAGCUCCUUUGUUAAGCAUUAAUAGCCAAGAUAUAGAUAUUAUUGAUGAAGCAUUAUCAUACUUUAAAGCAAAUGUAUUUUUUAGAUCUUACGAAGUUAAGAGUGAAGCAGAUCGAGUUUUAAUUUACAUUACUUUAUAUAUAACAGAAUGUUUAAAAAAACUUCAAAAGUGCCAAUCUAAAGAUCAAGGAAUGUCUGAAAUGUAUUCACUUGCUCUUUAUAAAUUUGAUAUUCCUGGUGAAGCUGGAUUUCCAUUGAAUUCUGUUUAUGCAAAACCAGCAUCAUCCAGUGAAUCAGAUGUCAUGCGUCAAUAUUUAGAACAACUUCGAAAAGAGACUGGUCGUAGAGUUUGUGAAAAAGUAUUUUCAACUGAUGAUGGCAAGCCCUCAAAGUGGUGGCUUUGUUUUGCUCGUAAAAAGUUUAUGGAAAAAUCUUUACUUGCUCCAGGUCAAUAAUUAUUUGAUUAAAAAUUUAUUCUGUUAUAUUUUAAUCUUACAUUAAACUUAAUUAUAAGUAAACAAUAAUUAUUAUUUACUACUUUAAAAUUUUAUUUUAACAUUAAUAAAUUUUUAUAAAUAAAAUAUAUUUAUUCUUAUCUAAU